AUGAUUAAUUAAUGUAAAGAAUAGAAAGUGUACAUAUAAAAGGAUAUAUACACAGAGAUAUAAAACCAGAUAAUUUUUUAAUAGGUUUAGGCAAAAAAUCGAAUUUAAUAUAUAUUAUAGAUUAUGGUUUAGGAAAAAAAUUUAGGGAUUCAAAAACACAUUAACAUAUUCCUUAUAGAGAAAAUAAAAAUUUAACAGGAACAGCUCGUUAUGCAUCUAUAAAUGCACAUUUAGGCAUUGAGUAAUCAAGAAGAGAUGAUUUAGAGUCCUUAGGGUAUUUAAUUAUUUAUUUUUUAAAAGGAUAUUUACCUUGGUAAGGUAUAAAAGCAAAUAAUAAAUAAGAAAAAUAUACAAAAAUAAUGGAAAAAAAAAUGUAAACACCUGUAGAAAUUUUGUGUAAAGGAUUACCAAGUAAUAAAAAUAAAAAUAUAAAUUAUUUUUUUAUAAUUUAAAUAUAUAAGUUGA